AUACUAUUUACGCUCUUUGAACAUUUCUGAUAAGGUGGAUGCAGCGUCAUUCAGGAGUAAUAUAUAGACUGUCAGUGCACCAACGGUAUUGGAAAGGGAAUCCGAGGCAGCCAUUAUACGGGAGCCACCGUGAGCGCCGUAAGCAAGUGGUACAUUGCUGAAACAUCGGCACUAGCAACGCUCAUGGAUUACAUUGGAUACCAGGCUGCUGAGAUACGGUGUCGUGAAAAUACAGAUAGCUGCUUUGUUUUGGGGCUGGAUUCGUGACAUUCCCUUGGAUUACACUACCGAUGAUUCCCUUUAUUGUUUUGGUCUUUAUACCAGAGGCUAAAUGGAUGUGGCCAUAAGAUGGAAUCUGUGAAGGAUUGGGUCCUGAACAAGUGCAAAGUCGUACUCAACGAGGAUAAAAAUGGGGUGGAACACAUGGGCAAGGCGCAUCCUUUCGUCACUCCGCAAAACAUACCCGAGUUUCGGAUCCCGCGCCAAACUGAGCAUCGGCUCAGCGUGGAACAGUACUGCGAUGACGUCAGUGCUUCAAGCGGGAGCGUCCCGUGCUCUCCGAUGCGCACUCCCGCCCAGUCUCCUCCAGGGUCGCCAGACAAUGGCGGCGGGUUAUUCGGCCUCGGGAGAUUCAUCAAAUCGGCCCCAGUUUCGCCGAUGAACCUCCCAAAAAAGUGUUUCGGCGAGGAGCAUGCUUACUCCGUCGAAGAAGUCAUACAUCCGGGCACGAAUGCUGAUCCACAUUCCUCGGCUGCCAUGAGCUUAUCACACUUUAAGACUCAGACCUCGUACGGCUUCGAAACACUCACGCAGAAUCCGCACACUCGACGUAAGGAAUCUCUGUUCCACCCGGAAGAUGACGUGACAAGUCCUUCGACAACUCCAUCUCUUUUCCGUCGAUCAACGCGAAGGAAGGGCAACUCGACCACGAACCGCGAUGAUGCAGCAAAGAUUACCGCAAAUAUGUUAUCAGUGGAUGCUGCGGCUGAUUAUUUUGACGGCGUUGAUGCCUCGGUGUUCAAGCGUGAUCAGCGACGCGGGUCGCGCAGACGGAAUCUUUCCAAUGUCGUGUCUCCGUUGGCAAUGCUGACGCCAAUGGGAGAUCCUGCUGCAGCGAACCCGAGUCCUCGCCUCGUUCGAUCACAUUCCUCCUGCUCCUCGACUCGGAGCUCUCCGGAGCGCCGGAAAAGUUUCCGGAACCGGGCGAAAAGUGACCCGAGAAAUGACGCGAUCAUUGUGGAUACUAGCAAUCACAAGCGAACCUCGUCAGUCCCUAGAACUAGUGAACGCAAACCUAGCAAUAUACAUUUAGAAGUGAGAUGUGAUUCCAUGUCUGAGUGUAGCUCAAACGAAAAUAGUCCCAACAUCCGCCGGAGUAGCCGGGUAUCCUCGAAUUCCUUAGAUGCGUCCCUUAAGCGGAACCUGCAGUGCUACGAUGCAGAACUGACGCCCAGUCAUUCACAGAGUUCCGGUCUCUCCUCCUCGUGUUCCUGUCAAAGCCUGAACAGGAUUAUCAACCCGUGUGCAGAAUUUGGCGAAGUUAAGUUUUCAGUGCAGUAUUCACAGAAACAUAAGCAUCUACGCGUAUUACUAAUUAGAGCAGAGAAUUUAGCUGUAGGGAAUAGGAGCGACCGCGCGAUUAAUGCCUAUGCAAAGGUGUGUCUUAUGCCCGGGAAAGUUCAGAAGCAAUCAUCCAAUGUUAUCAAGCACACGAGAGACCCUGUCUAUGACGAGGAGUUUUACUUUCAUGGUAUCAAUCUCGAUGAACUACGGAAUAUGCGCCUCAGGAUUAAGAUGUUCAACAAGUGUCGUAAUCUGCGAGGACAUGAGCUGAUUGGUGAGGCCCAGGCGAGCCUUGGGCCCUUUGACCUUACAAGGGAGUGCAGGAUGUGGAAGAAUUUGGAAAGGAAGGGCGACUCGGACGAGCUCGGAUACCUCCAGGUCAGCCUCAGCUUCGAACCCAAAUCUGAACGUUUGUCGGUGACUAUCAUCCAAGCCAUAAAUCUGCCAAAGCAUAACCUACGGGGAGCGCCUGAUCCCUACGUCAAACUUGAAUUAAUCCAGCCAGGUCGCCACGUGAACAAAACAAAGAGGCAGACAAUCAUCAAGAAGAAAUCAACAAACCCCAUCUUCAAUACGUCCUUCACCUUCAUCGUCUCCCCUCGCGUCGAAGACAUCAACUACACGACCAUCAACCUGACCGUGUGCGGCCAUGAACGCAUCCGCCAUGAUGACCAAAUCGGAAUGGUCAAGCUUGGCUACGGGGCGACCGAGGAGACGGAGUUGCAUCAUUGGAGCCGGGUGAUACAGAACCCGGAGAAAGAGUUCACAGAGACACAUAAGAUAAUGGAAAUGGAAUAAUGUAUAUCACUUGAUUUUCACUGGGGGCUAUUUUUCUAAAGAAAGUGGCAUGUAGCUGUUAAAGUGCUGUUGUUGAAAAUAACUUGGAUUUCCUCUCUGAUCUGUUGGCAGGUGACACACCGUGGGUCCUUUAUAAACCCAGCCUUUAAUAGCGUUAGCGUGACAUUCUAUCCUUCAGUUUAUUCACUUUGAUGAAAAUCACGUUGAGACAAGUCAAACGUUCAUCGCUAUCGCUGUUUUGAGGAACCCUGCUCUUUGUAUACUUUGACCCAUCAAUUCAGUCUAAACUAAAACAUGUUGCGGUCUGUCGCAACGUUGCGCCGAGUGUUUAAAGGGAUUCUAUAGGCAGCAGUCAGGCCUACAAGAUAAAGUUACACGAAAUCGCCGAUAGCUGUCUCUCCUAUCUCCGAGAAUACUGAAACUGUUCACGCUUGCACCAGGAAGAUAAAUUUGUAUUCAUCCUUUGAUAAAACACUACCCAGUCUUCUAAGUGUGCAUAUAAUUCACAAGAAGACACCCUAACCCAUGUCUUUAUUCCCCCGGCCCUCUAAUGGUAAGCCGUGGUACUCAGUGCUUGGGGCAACGAAAACCAGAAAGCGUGCAGUACGUCCUGGCUAUGGCUGACUUGGAAUCAAUCCACAGCAUCAAAACCUUACGUAUUGUAAUAUAUUGUGUCCAUUCAAGCAUUAUAGUUCUCCGGUCGCGUGCGUGGUAUACCUGGGGACGGAAAAACCCGAGAAAUAUAAGGUUCGAUUGUGAUAUAGGUAAAAGUUAUGGCAGAAGAUGUUUAAUGGAAAAUGGCUUUAAAUAUUUUACGGUAUUAUAUGUAGCCUGAUACAUCCAUGGAUGGUAUUUGGCGGAAACCUUCGUGGAAAAGGUUGAAGUCGGAUGUCAAAAUACAGACGGUCAAAAAGGCCGCGGAUUAAACAUCACGUUUAUAUUCUCACCGUAUCAGUAUUUUAUAUCAGAUUGUUGUAUUACAUGUACUAUAAUGGCUUGUGUAUAUUUUUGAUACGUCAGUGUGCAUGGCCGUGCCAUUGUGAAGUCAUAUUCGUUUGGUCGAAUGAAUAUAGUGCUGUUUUUCAAAAUAGGAAAAGACAUCAGUUUUUGGUUGGUUAAUGACUAUCAUUUGAGUAGCUUCAUGAAAGCAGAUGAGUCUUUCCAUUGAUUCACUCUGAUACAAGAUAUAUUGUGGGAAUUGCUUGGCGUUUCUUCAUAGAGCAUUAGAUUUGCUUUCUCGAGAUCCGGAUGUGGAAAUUAGCUAUCUGCCAGUUUCUUUGUGCCAAAUUUUUCAUGGAAACUACUAUUAAUAUGAGUAGGUAGCGCGAGAUGCCGGGAUGUAACUUUAAUGUCUAAUUCGGGGUUUUAGUGAUACAGAGGAAACUGUCGACAAGUUUGCAUAUACAUGUACAUCUUUCAAUAUAACUAUUAAAAGACUUGUAGCAUGAAUGCUCUGUGCAUUUAUCAGAUACGUGUACAUCAAAGGGCAACCCUCUAUGCAUGUAUAUAUGUGUAACUACCGUCGGUGUAUAAGGAAAUCGUGUUCCUAAGAUGAUUGUGUCUGAGGAACAAUGAAGAUGUUUUGUUCGGCAAUACAUACCAUACGCUUUUGAUAUAUGGUUCUUGGGUCUCUUCAGCCAUAGCAACUGACCCAUUACCAAAACAGCAGGCAAUUUUUUUUCCAAAACACGAAACCGACAUUUCGCGCUGGUCCUAUUAUUGUUAAGCUUAGGACAAAUUUGCGGUUCUAAAUAAAAUGUAAUGUUUACUAGUAUACUGUAUUGACAAAUGUAUUUUUAUGUAAAAUGUCAUAUAAAAUGUGCCUUGAGCUGGUUAUCAUCGUUCCCAAUCAGAAAUAUAUUUACAGAUCGUAUACAAAAGAAAACCUUGUAGAAUUUUAGAUAACGACUGAUAUUUUCUCAGAUUUUAGAGGAUGGGAAAAGAAUUUAUCUUUGGCCUAUCAAAAUUCAUUGGAGCAUUCAGCGCCCUUCGUGUUCCCUAAUUUAUGCUCGGAAGUGGUCGCUGUACGAAGGGAGUUUUGACCAUUUUGACGUCAUGAAAGCCGACAUCUCAGAACCGUUCAGUCAUUUCCGAUCACUAGUCGAAAAUGUCAUUCGGAGAUGUACUACCGGAAAGCAACUAUGUAAGCACUUUCUGAUGUCGAUUUCGUUCAAGUUCCGCGCAACCAACGUGGUCUGCUUUUCACCACUGUUUUCACCAAGAUACCCCAAUAGCGAAGACCUUUCAUGUUUCAAAGGUGCUGAAGACGAUUCUCGGCUUUUUUCCUGGCUUUCUGUGAUGUUGUCAUGAUGUAGGCUUCCAGAUGUAUCAGACCCGUUCGUCAGCCGUCAAAAGCGUAAUAGUAUACAUAUGGCUUUGUCGAAAAAUACCGCGGUAAGCAUAGGCCUAUAGUAUCAGGGUGGACUUCAGUUGAUUGCAUUCACACAGUAGCAACCCCUUACAGGAAAAUUGCUCCCUGUGAAUGUAUGACGCCCAUCCGGAAACAUAUUCUGGCUGAAAACGAUUUUGU